UCAGCAUCCUCCACUUAUUUACCCGCCAUUAAUUUCCAUCUUUGCCCACACAUUAUCCGUUAUCCUUGUUUCCCUCUCCUCUCCCUCUCUAAGCUCCACCUUCAUUUCCAUGGCUGAUCAUUAAUGGUUUUUUUCACUACUAACAUCACCAGCAAUGCCAUGCAAAAUCAUCUUCUCUCCCUCUAUUCUACUAAGUUCCCAUCAUCAAACCCAUUACCCACUUUCAAAAUCACCUUCUCUUAUUCCUCUACACCCACUCGUCGUAGGUUUCACAAGCCUCAUCAUAGUCUUAAACGCCUUACCUUUCGAAAAGUUCAGCUCACUAGAAGAAGGCCAUUGGAACAGAUUUUUGAGGAAGUCGAGAGUGCUAAGAGAAGGUAUGGGAAGUUAUAUACGAUAGUUAUGAAUGCGGUGAUGGAAGCUUGUGUGCAUUGCGGGGAUACCGAGUCUGCUCUUAAGGUGUUUGAUGAAAUGUGCAAGUCAGGAAGUUCUGGGGUUGAUGGUGUCUCUUAUGGGACUCUGUUAAAGGGUUUGGGUGUGGCUAGAAGAAUUGAUGAAGCAUUUCAGAUACUGGAAUCAGUGGAAAUGGGUACACCUGUUGGAAGUCCAAAGUUGUCGGCUCCGAUGAUAUUUGGUCUCUUAAAUGCUCUAAUUUCAGCAGGUUUGUAAAAUAAGAGAUGAAGUUAUGGGCUUUGUUUUGUUUCCAGACUUCAGGGCUUUGGUGGUGCCAAGGAUCUCCUGUCAGUUCUGAAGAUUGUCUGUGAAAUGAAAAUGCAUCGGAAUUUAGUUAUUGAUCGAACUGCAUUCACAGCAAUGGUUGAUGCAUUGCUAAACUGUGGUUCCAUGAAUGGUGCUCUUUGUGUAUUUGGAGAAAUAAUAAAACGUGCUGGUGUGAACCCAAAGCUUCGACCAAAGCCUCACCUCUAUCUUUCCCUUAUGCGUGCUUUUGCCAGUCAAGGAGAUUACAAUAUGGUAAAAAAUCUGCACAAGCGAUUGUGGCCAGAUUCAUCUGGAGCCAUCUCUCUAGCUCUUCAAGAAGAAGCAGAUCAUCUUCUCAUGGAGGCGGCUUUAAAUGAUGGCCAGGUUAAUGUGGCUCUGGAAAAUCUCACAAAUGUUGUACUAAAAUGGAAACGGAUACCAUGGACAAGUCGAGGAGGCAUGGUUGCUAUGCGCAUAGAGGCCUUGUUGGGAUUCACCAAUUCCAUAUUCAGUCCUUAUCUGCUUCCUCAGGUAUCACCAAGUGAACCAAUCGAGAGCAUCAUGAUGCCACUAAAAGCAGCUAAGCCUUUACUUGGUACCCUUCACUUGAAGAAAGUGGUUAUGCGCUUCUUUUGGGAUCAAGUUGUGCCUAUUGUAGAUGACUGGGGCAGCUGUGUGGGAGCAUUGCAUCGUGAAGACUGCACCGAGUUGAAUGCCCCCCUGAUGACAAUGAUGAGAAGCCCUCCACCUUGUGUUACAACCACGACGUCUAUCGGCCAUGUGGUUGAUCUAAUUUUAGAAAAGAUGUAUAGAAUGGUUGUUGUUGUAAAAUAUAGUAAUUUAAAUAGUUCUACUAACGGCUCAGGUUCUAAAACUGUUUGAGUUUUUACAGCUGAACAAUUGUUUAAACUUGUUGUGCCUGUACAACGGCCAUUGGAGCAAGAAAGAACUCUUGGUAGAAGACGGUGUGAGAAUUUUGAUGCGUAAUUGUAUUUGUUACUCGACUGAAUUCCUGCGCAUUAUCCUAUUAAAGAAGAGUCUUCUCAUUUUCUUUGAUUAAA